AUGCCAACUCCCGAGGGCGACGUCCUGAAACCCAUCGAUCCCUCGGCCGCGAGCUCGGAUGAUUGGGAAAUCUUCAUUCUGAACAAUGCGCAAGUGGUGCACGAGAAGAAUGGCAAGCCCGUGAGCUUGUUGGCGGCAUACGCAGAUACUCCGCUCAAAGUGACGGGAACUUUCACCCCAGGUCGGGGGCAGUCAAAGUACCUGCUGAGCAAGUCGAAAAAGCCGAUAGACCUCGAGAUACGCAAUGUGACGCGCUUUUCAUACGGCGAACUGACCGACGGCGAGUUUGCGAUAUGGGCUGAAGGCAAUGCAGGCUGGUUUGAAAUCCGGCCAGCGCCACACUACAACAGCAUAUACGAGGACAUGAUAGAGGCGGUGCAAUUACUGUACUUUGUCACCGAUAUAUAUGGUGAGCCGCGAAAGAAGGGCGGAGGCCCAAGCACACAGCUCAUAUUCCAAGAGUAUGCAGAGGACGAGCGGUUCGCAUGCACCGACCCCGCAGUCGCGGCGGAGAUAUUCCACAAACACCACAUCUUCCUCAUGAUGUGCUUCCUGAACCGUGCACAGGGCAUUGGAUGGAGUAGCACUCCGAUAUAUCAGUCUUUCAGACGACAAUUCCCUUCCCCACACCAAGCUGACAUGUCAAAGAAGGACUUUGAGACCUGCAAAGCGCGGGUUGAAGGCCGCUAUACCCAGGUCCUUCCCGAGAGACCCACGCGAACUUCCAAGUCGACAACUCCAUCCGCUCCACAAGCCGCGCCCGCAGCGGCACAGGCGAAACCAGGGCGAGGGAAGGCCGCCGUAGAGAAGACAGAUGAAGCACCCAAGAAGGAUAACAAUUGGUGGGAGGCAGCUGCCUUGUUCGAGUUCAUGCAGAAAGCCGUCAACCAACGGGCUCUACGUGCCGGUCGCAACCAGAUCACAGUUGAGCGACUUGCCCAGCUUGUUGUUAAACGCUACCAGAUUGAAGAUGUGGAGACGGCGCAGAAACUGAAACCACGGAGGGACCGUGCAACACUGAAAGAUGAGGAAACGCAAUCGUCGGACACAUCGAGCGAGGAAGAGGACGUAAUAACAACGCCAGUGCGCAGACCACCUGGCAGGCGAAAGAAGGGUCGAUUGUCUAUCUUGCGUCCAACAAGCAGCAGGCUUUCCGGAAAAAGCAAAAGCAUCAAACACAAACAAGACAAGGCUGGGAAAGGCAAAGCCCCAGUUCCUACUUCAGACGAGUCCGGCGCGGAGGAAGCAGAGGAAGACAGUGACGAGGCGACCAACAGCGACGACGAAAUGGGCGUCGACACACCAACACAGGCACUAUCUCCAAGUCGCGAGAAGCGCAAACUUGGCGAAACAGACGCAGAUGAACAAGCGGAGAAGACUCGUCGGAAACGCGCAGCUAGCACUCCCGAAUCACCACCCACAACCGUCGCAUCAGAAGACGAAGACGCAGACAUCCCAGACGGCACCGCCGUUCCUCCCCUCCCUCUCCGCCACCGCCCCAAUUCCAACAACAAAUCAGACGUAGCUCCCUCGCUCGUAUCUACCCCCCUCCCAACCUACGAACCCAACGGGCCCCGCGACUCUUGGAUAUGCAGCUUCGACGGGUGUUCGCAGCGCAUCUACGGAUGCAGCAAGGAGAUUGGGAGACAGUUGAUCACGGAGCAUCUUGAGGAUCAUGCCAAGGGGAGGGAAAAGGUUGUGGGGAUUUUGUGGCGCGAGCAGGAUAAGCUGCAUUUGCCGGUCAGGUAUGUGAUGUGA